UUUCCAAAAUGGCAACAUUUAUUUGUUGUAAAUUUUGGUCAUGAAUGUCGCAUUUUCUCGAUCGCAUGUGGAAUUCCAGUGUUUUCAACUACUUUUGUGGACAAAAUAGAACUCAAAAUAUGUGUUUACAAUGCGUGAAAUAGUAAUUCAUUAGUUUAAGUAUGGCGUAAAUAUUGUGAAACCUAAUACUCCAUGUUUGUUGACUGCAAACAAGUUGAAGUUCCAUUGUGGCAUAUCCCACUGUUUUGAACAUUAUGACGGGAAAACACUAACAAAUACAAUGACCGAAAAGGGAUACGAAGGUGAUCAAUCAUCUUCGUGGGAUAUUCCCGGUCCAUCAUCCCUAGCAGCUAUCCUGGACACUGUUUACACAUCAUCUGCUUCUGAUAAUCCUCCCAGAAAUGAGGAAAUGGAGUGUGAAGCUCUUUUUGCUGAGAGUGAUGAUGAAGUGGAAGUGCUCCCAACAUCUACAGAAGCACCACCCUCUGCUGCCGGCGUGGUGUCAUCCAAACCUGUCUCCUCCAACUAUGUCAAUUCUACUUCACCCACUCAGGCUUAUGAACUGAAUAUGACCUCAGUGGCACCACCAGGCUCUUCUCACACUCCUGUUCCUGAAGAAUACCAGCCAUUACCAGACAGUUCAAGUUCAUUAGAUUAUGCUCUUGGAAGGAACAACUUGGAAAAUGGAAAUCUGACUGGCCAGAGAUUUGCUGAUGUUAAUAUCAGAUACCAACCUAAACCCGUGAACCAGAGAGGCUACUACUACCCUAAUUAUCAACCCUAUCCUGGGUCUGGUGUAAGGCCUGGUUUGGAAUAUGUAUUUGCCCCCUACCAUGCCAACAAUGUAAUAGUUCUUGGUGAUGAUAGAAACUACGCACCACAUCCUAUUUCUUACAAUCUACCACAAGGGGAAGAAAAUAGCUCUGUUGUUGCAAUGGAUUUUGAUUCCGUGCAGCCUCCCACAAUGCACAAUAAUCAUAUCAAUACCGCAGACCGAAAUCACUUGAGGAGUAACCAACCACAGGCACUGGAGAGGCCUAGUCGUAAGCUAAACAUAUCACCUAGAAGGAGACACUCAAGAGAAAAUGAAGGGACCAGUUCCAGUCUUAUUGAAGUCAGUUCAGACGAGGAAGACAAUAUUCCUGUACCCAGGAAAAGGCUAUGUAGCAGCAAUGGUGCCGGUCAUCAGGGUAAUAGGUCUGAUGCUGAUGUGUCUGUUUCUAGAGGUAAUUGCAGUUAUCCUAAUGCUUCCUCUCCAAGGAUUGACAUCAAAAGAGAGCCACAUGACCACACUGAAGCCACUACUCAAGCAGCAGGUGACACCAACACUGAGAGCAAUGCAGUGGUGCCUGAACACCACAACUGUAACAGAAGGCAACAAAACAACCAUAGGGCUCACCAUAACUGUAACACAAACAACAACAUGCACAUAAAACAAGAAAACCACAGUUGUAACUGUGCAAACAGAAGCACCUGUGUUUGCAGAGCACACCACGGCAGUACGUAUGCCCACAACCAUUCUAUUGUCAGUGAAUGUCAAAGGCACAGUCCCAACCACUUUAGUCAUCAAAAUGGAUCUCAUCACCACCACCACCACUACCAUCACCACCAUAGACUUUAUCGGCAGUGUUCCCAACAUCACGUAGCUAGCACCUCACAUACGUCCUGGUCACAAGUUAAAGAGGAACCAGGAAUACAAGGCACAAUCAAACAAGAAUCCGGACAGCCAUCUGAAGAACAACAGAUAACAGAGGAGAGUGUGUCUGUACCCAUAUCUAGUGCUAUCGUCAAGGUUGAAGCAACAGACCAGGCUCGGGUGAAAAUUGAACCAGGGACGUCAAAUGGUCAAUCUCAUGAGAUUCCAGAACGAUCUCAGAGCGUCAUUGUCAAAACUGAGAGAGCUGAUGCAAGGUGUUGUGAUGUAAAUGCCGCGGGAGAUAGGAGGGUGAAAGUAAAAUCACCCCAACCUGGUACUAGUAUGGGGAGGACUACUCAAACAGAAGCCAGAACAAACAAUAACUGUGAUCAGGAAGUCCAAACCAACCCAGUACCAGCGGGAGUGCUGUCGGCCCCUGACCUGCAGCUGGAUUGGGUGUCUGACUCCAGUUCUGAUGAUGAUGUCCAAGUGCUUGGAGAAGACACUAAUCCUCGCGCGGUGAUAGAUCUCACAGCGUCGCCUGAGCGGCCGCAGGAGGAGGACGCGCCCCUGGCACUGGACGACCAGCCGGCUCUACGCGCGCUGUUCCGCCACGUCAACACGCCGGUCUAUGUGCAGCCGCCACAACCGCCGCAGCCGCCACAGCCGCCGCAGCCGCAGCCGCCGAAUGCGCACAUCGUACGCAGCCGGCCAACAGAAGGUAACUGCCUGGUGUCGUGCCGCGGCUGCUGCUGCACGCACCCGCACCACGCGCCGCACGCGCCGCCGGCGCACGGGGCGAGCGUGCACGGCGCGCCCGGCCACCACGGCUCGCACGCCUACACGCACACGCAGCCGCCGCCGCUCUACAACAUGUACAACCCGCCCGCGCCGCCUGCGCACAUGGGUGACCGGCGUGAGGUCAUGUCGAUCGCCCCGCCCUACAUCGUGCACGAACGGCUAUGGCAUCGCCAACACCACAUGCUCGAACUGCAGCGUCGCAGCACCAUGGGCAACGUGAGCGGCUACUCUUCCACCUACAACAUGCCGCCUCCCAGCUCGUUCCCAGAUGAGUUUGAGCCCCGAGACUUGAGGGCCAACCGCAACAACCCAGGGGGCGCACCUCCCGCACACAGGAUCCACGACGGGCAGUAUGUUCACCACCACCUGCACCACUACAUGCAGAUGCACCAGGCGACGCCGCACCUGCACAUCUCCAUCCAGCCGAUGGGCUCGAGCGGCACCCUGGCGUCGGUAUUCAACAUGGCGGCGGAGGCGGCGCACGCGGCGGAGCGUCGCGCGGCGGCUGCGCGGGGCGCGUCGCGGGCCGUCAUCGAACGGAAUACGUAUCGCCACGCCUACGCUGCUCCCGCGCCGCACCACCAGGACGAAAAGUGCACUAUAUGCCUCUCCGUGUUUGAGGUGCACUCGGAUUGCAGGCGACUACCGUGCAUGCACCUUUUCCACAUGGAGUGCGUGGACCAGUGGCUCAGCACCAACAAGCACUGCCCCAUCUGCCGCGUGGACAUCGAGACGCAUCUCAACAAGGACGCCACGUUUUAAGCUCUUGCGCAGUUUCUGCUCGAGUUCAGGCGAGCUGACGAUGGCCUGUUGUUGCAACUCCAGGCUCUCCUGUUGGAGCUCGUGCGUCAACUGCUUCUGAGUGUUGCACGUCCUAGGGAGAGAGUAAACACAUUACUGCCAAUACUAUGUACAUAAAACGUUUUAACAUAAUAAUUAAAAGAUAUUAUUUUGUUUACUUUGUCAUUAGAAUUUUGUUACAUAUUAAAUAUACUUACUACAAUGUUUUAAGGUCAAAAGAAGUGACUAUUUGUUGAUUUUUAAUUAAUUAAUAAGAUUAUAUUAUGUAUU